AAGCAGAUUGACGGUUUGCGGGCUCGAUGUGGCGCAUGAGCGUGCGUGAGCGUGCGUGACGGGACGUAGCGGCGAUCUAUCCGUGGAACCUCAGUGAAUUCAAACCCCGCACACUCGGUUGCGUGACACCAGCGGGCCUCGGUAGCUCGGUUUACCGGAGGAGAGCGGGAUCGACGUCGGGAGGCGGCGGUUUACGGCAGCACGGACCGGGAGCGUGGCAGCAGCAGUGGACGGAAGAGCCUGAAAGAAGAAGAAAUGGCGGAGCACCACGCAGCCAGCGACGGGAAACACAAAGCGUCCGCCGGGGGCUCGCUGCACGGAGGGAACAGCCGGGUCGUGGCGGCACCGGCGGGUGGAGGGGGAGUACCGGGCAAGGGAGGCCUGUCCGGGGGUCUGGCACAGCCGGCCGGGUGGCAGUCCCUGCUCUCCUUCAGCAUCCUCUUCCUGGCCUGCCUGGCGGGGUUCAGCUCCAGACUCUUCGCCGUGAUCCGGUUCGAGAGCAUCAUCCACGAGUUCGACCCAUGGUUCAACUAUAGAUCAACACACCAUCUCACCACAAAUGGCUUCUACGAGUUCCUCAACUGGUUCGAUGAGAGGGCCUGGUACCCCUUGGGCAGGAUCGUUGGCGGCACAGUAUACCCAGGGUUAAUGGUGACUGCGGGCCUCAUCCACUAUGUGCUCAACCUGCUCCACAUCACUGUCCACAUCCGUGAUGUGUGCGUGUUUCUGGCACCGGUGUUCAGCGGUCUGACGGCCAUCUCCACCUUCCUGCUGACACGGGAGCUGUGGAACCAGGGUGCAGGGCUGCUGGCGGCCUGCUUCAUCGCCAUCGUCCCUGGCUACAUCUCCCGCUCGGUGGCGGGCUCCUUCGACAACGAGGGCAUCGCCAUUUUCGCCCUGCAGUUCACCUACUACCUCUGGGUGAAAGCAGUUAAAACAGGCUCAGUGUUCUGGACUAUCGGCUGCUGUCUCUGCUAUUUCUACAUGGUGUCAGCAUGGGGAGGCUAUGUGUUUAUUAUCAACCUGAUUCCUCUGCACGUGUUUGUGCUGCUGCUGAUGCAACGCUACAGCAAACGAGUCUACAUCGCGUACAGCACGUUCUACAUUGUGGGUCUCGUACUGUCGAUGCAGAUCCCUUUCGUCGGCUUCCAACCAAUCAGGACCAGCGAGCACAUGGCUGCUGCCGGUGUGUUCGCACUUCUGCAAGCCUAUGCCUUCCUGCAGUACCUGAAGGACAGGCUUACCAGACAGGAGUUCCAGACGCUGUUCUUCCUCGGAGUCUCUCUGGCUGCCGGUGUGGUCUUCCUCACUGUGAUCUAUCUCACGUACACAGGUUACAUUGCUCCUUGGAGCGGUCGUUUCUACUCUCUCUGGGACACGGGCUAUGCCAAGAUCCACAUCCCCAUCAUAGCGUCUGUGUCGGAGCACCAGCCGACGACGUGGGUCUCCUUCUUCUUUGACCUUCACAUCCUGGUGUGCACCUUCCCAGCAGGCCUCUGGUUCUGCAUCAAGAACAUCAAUGACGAACGAGUGUUUGUGGCCCUGUACGCCAUCAGCGCCGUGUAUUUCGCCGGCGUGAUGGUGCGUCUGAUGCUGACCCUGACCCCGGUGGUGUGCAUGCUGUCGGCGGUGGCGUUCUCCAGCGUCUUCGAGCAUUACAUGGGAGACGACACAAAGAGGGAGAAGCCCCCCCUCGAAGACAGCAGCGACGAAGACGACAAGAGGAAUUCUGGGAAUCUCUAUGACAAGGCCGGAAAGGUGCGCAAACAUGUGUCAGAGCAGGAGAAAGCAGAGGAGGGUCUGGGUCCAAACAUUAAAUCCAUCGUGACCAUGUUGAUGCUGAUGCUGCUGAUGAUGUUCGCCGUCCACUGCACCUGGGUCACCAGCAACGCCUACUCCAGCCCCAGCGUGGUGCUCGCCUCCUAUAACCACGACGGGUCUCGCAACAUCCUGGACGACUUCAGGGAGGCGUACUACUGGCUGAGACAGAACACGGACGAGCACGCGCGGGUCAUGUCCUGGUGGGACUACGGUUACCAGAUAGCGGGAAUGGCCAACCGGACCACGCUAGUAGAUAAUAACACGUGGAACAACAGUCAUAUAGCCCUGGUGGGGAAAGCCAUGUCAUCCAAUGAGACCGCAGCCUAUAAGAUCAUGAGGUCGCUCGAUGUGGACUACGUGCUGAUCAUCUUCGGAGGAGUGAUCGGUUACUCCGGCGACGACAUAAACAAGUUCCUGUGGAUGGUGAGGAUAGCGGAGGGCGAGCACCCGAAGGACAUCAGGGAGAGCGACUACUUCACCCCACAGGGUGAGUUCAGGGUGGACAAGGCCGGAUCCCCAACUCUACUCAACUGCCUCAUGUACAAGAUGUCCUACUAUCGGUUCGGUGAGAUGCAGCUGGACUUCCGGACGCCACCCGGCUUCGACCGGACGCGUAACGCCGAGAUCGGCAACAAGGACAUCAGCUUCAAGCACCUGGAGGAGGCGUUCACCUCGGAGCACUGGCUGGUCAGAAUCUACAAGGUGAAGAACCUGGACAACCGAGAGCCGCUGGACCACAAGCUCCGCAGCGUCGUGCCCAAACAGAAGUACACGUCCAAAAAGACGGCCAAGAGGAAGCGAGGACACAUCAAGAACAAGCUCUCCCUGAGGAAAGGCAAGAAGCUGCAGAAAAAAUAAUGACCACGAUGACGAACUCUUCUAGGAAAACAAACAAACAAACAAAUGCGAAGAAACCUCUAACAACCAAUGAAGAAGAACACGGGGGGCCGUUUCUGUGGCACUUGGUCUCAAGAGCUUCUCAUUAGGGCGUCCCUGUGUGUUGAGGAAGUUGAAGUGUAAACGUCUGGCUAGCACCAGAACUAUUGUCCGUUUUUUCCCGAGGACUGCUGUCUUGCUUUUUUUUGUUUGUUUUGUUUUCUUUCUCUCCUCCCUCCUGUUUUUGUUUUCUUUCUGCUGUUAAUUUUUUCUUUUGUACUUGAAUGUUUGCUACGGUAUUGGGCUGCUCUACUUGUUUUUUUGGCGUCUGUUAAUUUUUUUCCGUGGUACGUUAAUCGAUUGCUUAUCAGUUGGGGGUGAAGGGGGUGAAGGGGGAAACGAAAAGAAGACUUAGGAACAUUUGCACCAAAGACCCAUCGACCUUGCUCCGAGGCACAUGUUGAACUUCCUGCUGAGAGUGAGGAAGUGCGGGAGUGAAAGCUGAGGACUUUGUUCCUGACACGUGUACAGAGGACAGUAUGCGGUAUGGAGGAACGUUACCGUCUAGGCACAGCUCAUCUGUAAUAUUAACCUUUUUAUCAUCAUCAUCAUCUUCAUCUUCUUCUCCAUCUUCAUCAUCUCCUUUCUGUCUGCUUGGCUCCCUGACCUUUAUUUUUCAACUAAUUCUUAAGACAAAAAAAUUGGCCGAAUGUGUAAAUAUGUGAUGUAAAGAAAAUGUCUAAAAGGAUGAUAAUAUAUUGGAUUAUUGUGGUGAUUUUUAAAUAUGCAGUUUCUCUUAAUUUCAAUCUGUGAUUCUUUUCGAAGUUUUUUUGUUAUUUUUUUUUUGUAUGACAGCACAUAGAACAGUGAAUGCAAUAAUUCUUGUACAGAGGGGCUCGAGAUUUUGUUGAAAAGAAUGAAUGUGAAUUUUUACAACGUUCCUUCACCACCACCCCCCCGUCCCCGUCCCCCUGUUUUUCAUGAAUUGCGUAGAUUGUAUAUUUCUGCUGCUAGGGUUUUAAAGACGGACGCGUGCAACUGUGUGUAAAAAGUAGUGCUAAUGAAUUCGACGGAGGGAGCUCUGCAGUUCAGCGAGCGAAGCCUAGUGCCUCAUCCCUGCUCAUCGUCCUCUCGUUCAUUUGGAACCGUCGCCCUCGUUAAUGUUUCGUUCGUUAGUUUUUUUUAGAGCUUGUCUGGAAACUGAACUGUGAAGAGGUGGAGUUCGUUCAGACGGCAGAAAAAGAAAAGAGGCAAAAACUUCCAUCACUGUCUGAAACUUUAGGAUAGAGCUGUGUCCCAAUUCCACACUACAGGCGAAUCCUUCACGUCCCGCUGCUGUUCUCCAACAUGGCGCUAAUCAUCAGAACCAACUCUUAAUCAAUGACUUCCUCUGUCUGUAAAGUUAAAAGUAAAUAAGCCUGGUUCGAUGCAUUGAAACUUCUCGUCUUGCCUGAAAAGUUUUAAAAGAAACUACGGUAGUUGAUCCUGAUAUUAAACAGGAAAGCAGCAAGUUCUCACAUGUUCGAAGCUGAAACAAGUAUUUGUUGUUGUUGCUUUAAUGAUUAAAAUGAUUUAUAAUUAAAUAACUUUCUAGAUGUAGUUUUAAGUUCACUGCAGAAUUUAGAGCAGUUCUCAAAUACGUCUCUAACGAGGGGUUUUGAUCGUUGUUCAUAAUCUGCCAAUUUGUUUCUUGAUGAUUCGAUUAACUUUGUUGUGUUUAAAAUGUUGAAAAAUAACAAAAAAAAAUAGGAAAACGAAUAAUACAAAACCUAAAAAUAUAAAAUUUUCACAUUUGGAAAAGUUGGAAAUACAGAAAUCUACAUUUGGCUUUUGACUUUUUUGCCAAAAUCGUGACUCAAAUGAUUGACAGUAAAAACAAUACUGGGAUUUUUGCAGCGACCGAGAUUUCCUGACUUAACUUCUCUUAUGUUUUUCAAAUUGAUAUCACUUUGUGUCAUGUGUAAAAUGGUGGAACGGCCCUUUACCUGUCUGUCAUGGUUUCAGCUCUAGAACAGAUACGAGAUUAAAACUGUUUUUGUUUUUUUUUUAACCCUUAAAUCUGCUCUGAUAAUACUUCAGAAAUAAUUCUUUAUUUGGUCCAUUCUUUGUAACAUUAGUAAACAGUAGAGCUGCCACUCACAAUUAUUUCAUUUUCCAAAAUCCAGGUUUGACAAUAUUGUGAAUGUUUUUUCUGUUUCUGUCCAAAAACUCAAACAAAUGUAGGUUAAUAAUUUGCUUUAAAAAAUGAUUGAAUAAAUAUUUGUUUUACUUCU